UCUUGGGCGCGAAGUGAAUAAGUGAGAAACAGGGCGACGGGACGGGGGAGGAGGCACCCGCUUGAAGAGAAGUUAAGAGCUUUCUGUAAAUAGGCCCUAAGCAAAUGGUCCUCGCAGAACUUUUUGGGGAAAUUUAAAGGAAUAAGAAAACUUGAAGAAUAUGAUGAUGACUGAGAAAGAGCUGGAGAUUGACAACAUCAUAACAGAUGCAAUGGCCACUCCAUCUCCAGCCAAGAGUAUGGGAGACCCAGGCAUCACGCCACUCUCCCCCACACACACCCUGGACUCGGAACAGAAUGAGCCCCCGAGAAACCACUAUGUGGUGGUGGUGGCCAUUGACUUCGGCACCACCUCCAGUGGCUAUGCAUAUGCCUUCACUAAAGAACCGGAGUGCGUUCACACAAUGAGGCGUUGGGAGGGUGGAGACCCAGGUGUGUCCAAUCAGAAAACACCCACCACCAUUCUACUGACUCCAGACAGGAAGUUCCACAGUUUUGGUUAUGCAGCAAGAGAUUUCUACCACGACCUGGAUCCGACCGAGUCUAAACAGUGGCUCUACUUGGAGAAGUUUAAAAUGAAACUACACACAACUGCUAAUUUGUCAAUUGACACAGAUCUGAAUGCGGCCAAUGGGAAAAGGGUGAAAGCUCUGGAUAUAUUUGCUUAUGCGCUGGCCUUUUUUAAGGAGCAGGCUCUUAAGGAGCUGAGUGACCAGGCAGGGGCGGAGUUUGAUAAUGCUGACGUCAGAUGGGUCAUCACUGUACCGGCCAUCUGGAAGAUGCCAGCCAAGCAAUUUAUGAGAGAGGCAGCAUAUAAGGCUGGUCUGGUUUCUCGUGACAUCCCCGAGCAGCUGAUCAUUGCCCUUGAACCUGAGGCUGCGUCUAUUUACUGCCGUAAGCUCCGCCUCCAUCAAAUGGUUGAUUUGGACACCAAAACAUCCCUGAACGGUUACAGUCCAACAGAGAAUGUUGGAGGCGGAAUGACGCAGGCCAAGGAGCAUGUGCGCCGUAACCGACAGAGCCGCACCUUUCUGGUGGAGAAUGUCAUAGGAGAGCUCUGGUCUGAACUCACUGAAGGCGACCGCUAUGUGGUUGUGGAUUGUGGAGGCGGGACAGUGGAUCUAACGGUUCAUCAGAUCCGAAUGCCUGAGGGGCACCUGAAAGAACUGUAUAAAGCCUCAGGAGGCCCGUAUGGCUCUAUUGGAAUAGAUUAUGAGUUUGAGAAGCUCUUGUGUAAGAUAUUCGGGCAGGAUUUCAUCGACCAGUUUAAGAUCAAGCGUCCUGCUGCAUGGGUGGAUCUGAUGAUUGCGUUUGAGUCUCGUAAGAGGGCUGCGGCUCCUGACAGAAGCAAUCCACUAAAUAUUAAUCUGCCCUUCUCUUUCAUUGACUACUACAAGAAAUUCAGAGGACACAGUGUGGAGCAGGCACUGAGGAAAAGCAAUGUGGACUUUGUGAAGUGGUCAUCACAGGGCAUGCUAAGGAUGAGUCCAGAUGCAAUGAAUGCACUGUUCAAAUCAACUAUAGACCACAUUAUACAGCAUUUGACUGAGUUAUUUGAGAGGCCGGAGGUGACAAACAUCAAGUUCCUUUUCCUGGUGGGUGGCUUCGCUGAGUCUCCACUACUCCAGCAGGCAGUUCAGAACAUGCUUCAGGGCCGUAGCCGAAUUAUAAUCCCGCAUGACGUGGGCUUGACCAUCCUUAAAGGGGCGGUGUUGUUCGGGCUGGAUCCCAGUGUCAUAAAGGUGCGCCGCUCUCCACUCACUUAUGGUGUAGGUGUCCUGAAUCGUUUCAUAGAGGGGAAACACCCACCAGAGAAGAUGCUUGUGAAGGAUGGAACACGCUGGUGCACUGACGUCUUCGAUACUUUCAUCUCUGCCGAUCAGUCAGUGGCGCUGGGUGAAACGGUAAAACGCAGCUACACGCCUGCGAAGCCAUCACAACAAGUGAUUGUGAUACACGUAUAUUGCUCGGAAAAAGAGUCGGUCAGCUUCAUCACGGACCCAGGUGUAAGGAAGUGUGGUACGCUGAAGCUGGAUGUGAGCGGUACUCAGAGUCCAGCAGCACGAAGAGAGAUCCAGACACUCAUGCAGUUCGGAGAUACUGAGAUUAGAGCUAUGGCUGUUGAUGUGGCAACCUCUCGCUUUGUCAAAGCUAGCAUUGAUUUCCUUAGUCAAUAGGAGAAGAGGGGAAUUAGUAAAUGAUACACUGCAAAAAUUAUUUUCUUGUUUAGUAUUUUUGUCAUGCUUUCCAGUUAAAAUAUCUAAGCAUGCUUUUAACAAGAUAGCUUUUCUUAAGAAGCAAAGUUGCGUAAUAUAAUACUUUUUUUGCAAAAAUAUAUAUUGAAUUUUAGUGUAAUUUUAAAAUUUAAAUUUCUAUUCUUAGAAAUUAACUAAAUCCUCUAAAUAGCAAAUCAACGGAUAAGUCAUGGAAAAUACUAUAUUAAAUAUAUUUGGCUCUAAAAUACUUAAUUUUAUAUAAAUUGCUUUUGUGAGUGCAAUAUCUGUCAAAUAAUUUUUUUAAACGAACGAUUGGAAAACUCAUGGUAAGUCAUUGUUUAAAAGGUGUUAUUAUGCUUAAAACAAGAACAAAAAAAUCCAAUGGGUAAGGAAAAAAAUUCUCAUCCAUUUUUGCUUCUCAAGUCAUUUAACUUGCUCUAAGGAUAAUAUGUAUUUUUACUGGAAAACAAGACAAAAUAGUGAUUAAGUAAAUCAUUUUUACUGUGUAGAAGGAUAGAGAAAAAUAAAGAAAAAACAAUAUAGAGAGCGAAAUGAAGGUUGUAGUUACGGAGUCUCAACUAAUACACAAUGAUCGCCGACCCUCCAUGUGACCAUUGAUUGAAGUAGCUGUGCCAUUCAUGUUAUUUUAUUUGGUUAUUCCUUUUUUUAUAGAAAUCAUAACUGGACUCAAGUAAGAAUUUGUCAUAUCUGGCAUAGAGGGCUGACCCGAAGUUGUUAUAUUUAAAUUUUGUCUUUUCGCAUAUCAGACAUGUUCUAUACGUCCACUUCAUCUAGGCUCAGUCCAUUAUUCUCUGUAUGCUUCUAUAGUCUAUUUGCAGUAUCUUAGUGGCUAUUUUAUGCACAGGGAUGCCAAAUCUGCAUGAUAGAGCUAAAUUACAGCUGUGUAUUGCUAGUAGUUCUAGUUUGGGAUAGUACCAUAUAUGAACUUAGCAGGUCAGCAUAGCGCUAUGUUCAGGUAAAGGCAGCAACAUCAGUCUUAUAAACAGAUCAUGGAAGAAAUAUAAUAUUGUUCUCUCAUGAAACUCCCUGCUUUGCUCUAAAAAGCUGGAAUGUUACCUCCAAGGAUCAGUAAAAAACAGUUCAUUCUUUAGAUUAUAAUGAAGACUUGAAAGCAUUUUGCUUUGGCUAAUGAACUGGCCGCCUGUUUAUUCAUUCCAUAAUAAAGUCAUGCAGUGGGAUGAAACCUCAAAUCUCAGUCAGACAGAUGCAGAAAAUCUCAUUCAUUUGUUCCUCAUCUCAAACAGAAUCAGAAUCUUUGAGAAAGUGUUGAGAGCUCUGAAUAGAAAGUAUGGUACCUCUAAGAACCACUGAUUAAACCUGAGUUACUCAUUACAUAAGGUGCUGAUGCUUGUGACAAAAUGACCUUCAAUGUGUCACGUAGUGCCACAGGUCUAAAAGCUCAACUUUCAACCCUUUUAUAGUUUAAUGUUCUUAUUCUUAUUUUUUUCUAUUUGUGUUUUAUAAUGUUUCCUGCUUCCUUUUUUGCAUGUUAUGAAAUCAUGAGUUCUGGACAGUUACAUUUAAGUUUUUUUAAGAGAGGUCGAGGGCGGCAUUUCUUUUGUCUCUAAUUUCGAAAUAUCUUUUCAUUUUGUCAGUCAGUAUGUUGCUCUAAGCGGAAUGAGAACUCUUAAAUCCUAGAAUGUGAAUUUAAAUCAUCAUUCAAAGUGGCAAUGAAAGAGAAGUUGCUAGCUGCACAUGCAACAUGAUUUGAAAUGAUAGUCAUCGCUAAAUGCUAGUUGCCUUUAAUCCUACUUCUUAGAAGGGGAAGCCACUGAUGUUUAUCCUGUUUUUAUUUUUAUUUAGAUUCAUGGAGAAUAUGUGACAUGAAAAUAUGUUUAUUUCUGUAUAUACAGUAUUUAAAGCUAUUGUACAGAUUUUUUGCAUUAUUUUAGCAUUAUCAGCUUUAUGAGCAGUGUGUGUAUGAUGGCCUCAAAAGGACCCUUUUUUUCACACUCACCAGCAUUUAUAUGAAUCGUAAAUGCAGAUAUCACCCUAAUCCAAACCCAGUCAUAACCCCAUGCCACAACCAAUUUAAAACCUACCUUGAUCUCCACCUGUACUCCAAUGAAGACCCUCAAAUAAUCCCAUUCCCAGUGCUAAACACAGACUGAAACCUAAUCAUUACUUUAAUCCCAACCUGAAACCAAUGAAGACCCUAAAAUAAUCCCAUUCCAAAUUCCAUACCAAGAUUUAAACAUAAUCUUUUCUUUAAUCCCAACCUGAUGCCCAAAGAAAACCCGAAAGUAAUCUCAAUGCCAAACUCUGUCUGAAACUCAGUUAUUACUUUAAUCCCAACCUGAACCCCAAUAGCCGCAUUUCCACUGUCGAUAUAAAUGAGGGCGUGAUAGUGCAUGCCAGGGCGCAAUGGGAGAAAGGUGCCAUCCAUUGUUCCUUGCAGGCUACAUUUGGUAAGAAUUAGGGUGAGGGCAGGGUUAGGACAUCUGCUACCUGCCAGGAAGAAACCGUGGCUCCAAUGAACAAUGUGCUUGCGAGGGCCAGUUGUGUUCCCACUGUCACUUCCAAAUGCUUGGAAAAUGACAUUUAAACAACCAAAACUGCAACCCUCCCAUUAGCUUAACGGGGAUUUUACUGUCACCAGAGAUGUCUCCUAGCAACCCAACUGAUAAACAAUGCUGCUACGCAUUUGUGCUACAGGUGUACAACCACCAAAGAGAGUUUAGAGAGAGCUGGUUAAACAAGCUUUAAUAUUUUAUAAUGUAGGAACUUUGACUCAAUGAUCAAUAUAAUUUAAUUAAAGUGAAUGUUUAUCAUUAACUUUGUACAUCUCUGGAUGCUGACACGUUUGUGACGUCACACACCUGCAUCUUGGUGAAACAAAUUGCAGACACAUUACAAAUCUGUUAGGAUGCAUAGUGGACAAAGCCGUGCCCAAAGGAAGAACUUUCCAUGGUUCUAGGUCAUGGACUGUGUGUUGGGACAUUGUUCUGCUGUUAGUGGAGAGAUCAUUCAGGACACCAUGGCAGUUAAAGUCAGUGAGUUGUCAACGGUUACUUAUCUUGCUAGCUAGCUAACAUUUAUAUACAAUAUAAACUUCAUAUCUAGAUAACAUUCGUAUUUGGUUUGGCUUGUGAAAUGGGCGGGGUAUUUGACGUUUGCACCAGGGUGGCGUAUUAAGGGUGGGUUUUAGGGCAACGCUGCAGGGCUUUUGGCCCGAUGGCGGGAAUGCAGAGUGAUUUUGGCUUCGAGGUCCGAGGCUAUUGGCCCCGGCUGACCAGUUUAUGGCCCUGGCUCGCACUGGCAAAAAAUAAUAAAUUCCCAAUCCCACAACCAGUUUGAACCAUUAAACUUACUUUAAUACCAACCUGAACCCCAAUGAAGACCCUAAAAUAAUCCCAUUCUCUAAUUGCCAUUUCCUAAUCCCUAUCUCAAAUGCACACAAAAGAUGAAUGAUUGUGUGAGUUGCCUGUGUUGCUCUGUUUUUAGAAAAGACGUGAAAACCUUUGACCUUAAAAACAUGCAGUUAUCAAUUGAACUGAAUAUUGAUGAAGUGUAACAUUUUGGUAUAUUUUGCUGUGGGGAGACGAGGUGACUGAUUUUGGGGUGUGGCACACAAUUUAUUCUGUAGAUGAUUCCACAAAUUUGAUGUGUUUGCUUUGGAAGACUAGUGUGCACAAAUACACAGCCACUGCAUUAAUAAUGACACAGAUAAUAGGCAUUAAAAAUGAAAGCAAUAAAAGUGUUGCAAUGUGAUAUCCUACGCUUUUUUCUAGUUUACUCAACCAUGCUAUUCUGCCGGUGUUAGUCUGUGUGUGAAUGCAUUAGCUGCACAAAUAUAAUGUUGCCGUGGAAUAUGUAAUUAAAAAUUUGGUCAUUGAUAAUACUUACACAUCAUCAUUUUAUGAAAACAACUAGCAUUUUAUUCUAUAUUUUUUCCUUCCAUUAACACUGUUUUAAACAGUCAGCACGAGAAUCACAGUAACAGUGUAAUUCUAAAAUAAACAAAUUUAAAAAGUUCCUUAAAAAAUCUGCUUUAUGCGAAAAUCUAUCCAUAUAUUUGCCUUGUAAUGCAAGACAUAAAGCACUAUGUGUUAACAGUAAAAUAGUUCUCAUAGAGCACAAUUCAAAUUAGCAUAAUAGUAUAGGACUUGCAGCAGAAGAACUGUCAUAAUGAUGUAUCAAUCGAGCCCAUGUUUCUUGGAAGGGUUCAGAUCUUUCAGUCCAAUCAUCUGGUAAGGUGUGAUCAGAUCCUGUUACAUUUUCUGUUAAAAAUGUCAUCAAAAUAUGUAAUACUAAGGAAAAUAAAAUACAUAAGCUAAACUGGCUAAAAUACUGAAGCUUCUCUAAAUGUAAAUUCUUUCCACAUCUAGACUCGCUGCUGCUCAUGUGAUUGUUAUUGCAAAUAUUUGCAUAUGCUCUGCACGAUUCGCAUGAGUGACCAAAAAGAUACAAAAUAGUUUCUGGUAUUCUUCAUUUGAAUAUUCUGUUUUAAAUUAAAUAGAUAUCUGGAUAAUAAAACCCAAGCUACCACAGCUCAUUCGUUCAUUGGUUCUGCAAGGCAGAAGAAGCAGGAAAUGAUGUCAUCAUGUGUGAUACGUGUGCAUGCACAUAUAGGGCAGGUGAGAUACCUGAACAUACCCACAAAUAUAGACACACACCUUUACAAUCAUGUGCAGAUGUGUGUAGUAUGCACACCUUUUCUGCUCAGAGUAAACUAAUAGUGUGAAUGUGCUGGAACAAGCCCUUACUGUUCUACACUUCACCAUACUUUUUUAUGGGCAGCUUUGCUAUUAUUGUUUAUCGAUAACACAAUAUAUUGCCUCUUUAUAAAAAUAUACUGUAGUUAUUGCCAUGAUACGGUUGUAAAAUCCCCUUAAGAGCACUGUCAUUUUGUUCUUUUGGGUUUGUGUUUAGUUUUAUUUUGAUUAUCCUGUCAAAAAUACCCCUAGAGAGGGACUUUCGCUGUGAAUUUGAUUUUGAAUGGCUUUUCAGCAUUGUUUUAUUUAACUGGAUAAGCUAAAAGCAAAGGGGCCUGGUCAUAGGGCAUGAAUAAAUUUGGGAAAUGAAUUUCACUGUUUGCUAGAUUCUAUGCUUAAAAUGCUUGAAAGUCACCGAGUCAUUCACUUGAGCUGACAUGGACUCACUCACUGUGUAAACUCGCAAACCAUACACCUACUGGGUUGUUUUUGAACAAUGGAAACAGUGUCACUGCUCUUGCCAUCUGCACAUAAAAAAAAAAAAAGAUUUGCAAUUGUAUUUCAAUCAAUGCCAAGCACUAACCGCCAAAAUGUCACCCAAUAAAAGUAUAUGUAUUUCAAAGAA